AAUACACAAAGGAGAGAGCGAGGACACGGAAGGAUGGCUGAGGUUAAGAAGAAAGAGAGGGAGACUGUUCUCGACCUGCAGAAGUACUUGGACCAGGGGGUGCGGGUGAAGCUCCAGGGGGGCAGGGAGGUGCACGGUGUUCUCAAGGGGUUCGAUCCGCUUGUCAACGUCGUUCUGGAUGAGUGCAUCGAGUUUAUCCGAGAUCCCACCGACCCUUACAAGCUCACCGAGGAGACUAGAGAGCUAGGGCUGGUCGUGUGCCGGGGCACGCAGGUCAGCCUCAUAUCUCCGAGGGACGGGAUGGAAGAAAUCGAGAACCCCUUCAUGGCGCCAGAGGGAUGAGCGGACUAGAAGGUACCUGCAGAUAGUUGAAUCGUCUCGCGCGGAGACCCAACGGCAACCCGUGCUGUCAGAUCGACGGUGAACAUGCUACAGUUGGCGGCGGCGUGGGCCCUAGGCACUUUUUUUUUUUUUUGGCGGUGUGGUUCUUCACUUGCUGUGCGCGCAGCUGCUACCAAACCCCGCCGCUACCGUGCGCACACGCGGCGUGUCUCUUUUGAUUCCAACCGGCACAUGACGCACCGCAGCUUUGUUUUGUGGCGGUGGCCGGUACGGGCUUAUCCU